GUCAAGUUGGUUUGCGGACGGACGUCGAGGAAAGGCGAGGCGGGAGGGGACGCACAAAAAAAAGUUCCGUGGAGGCUGAAUCCACUCGAGGGGCUUUUCGAUUCGCGCGCCCUCCCGCCUCCCCCCCUCUGCCUGCGGACCGCUUCUCAAGUCCGUGCGAGGGGAGGGGGGAAAGAAGCAAGAGAAGAAAGCCAUGGAGGGUCGGGCGACACCGCGGCCGGCCAUGCUGCCCCUUCUGUGGUGCCUGAGUAGCGUUUUGAUCUUCGAUCCCGCUGUCGCCGUCCAAGUCACGAUACCGAACCCCUUCAACGUGGUCAUCCUGUUCCAGCCCGUCACCCUCCAGUGCAACUACCAGAGCACAGUUACCGUGCCGCCGGUGGUCACCUGGAAGUACAGGUCUUACUGCCGCAGCCGCCUGACCGAUGCCUUCAACCCCAGCAGCCAGGACAGCCAGAUCACCAGCCAGCUGCAGCAGAACAACCCCGGUUACAACCCCUACGUGGAGUGUCAGGACAACAUCAGGACCGUGCGGGUGGUGGCUUCCAAGCAAGGCAACACGGUGACCCUCGGGGAAUUUUACCAGGGCCGGCGCAUCACCAUCACCAACGAUGCUGACCUCAGCAUAGAGCAGACCGCCUGGGGGGACAGCGGGGUGUACUACUGCUCCGUGAUCUCCCCUCAAGACCUGCAAGGCAACACCGAAGCCUACGCUGAGCUCAUUGUGUUGGGCAAAUCCUCCGAUGUCUCAGAGCUUUUGCCAGGCUUUCAGAUAGGGGAUAUGGCAGACUGGGUCUUUGUCAUUGUGGUGGUGCUGGGGUUCUUUCUGCUCAUCCUGCUCUUGGGGAUCUGCUGGUGCCAGUGUUGCCCUCACACCUGCUGCUGCUACGUCCGGUGCCCCUGCUGCCCGAAGAAGUGCUGCUGCCCCGAAGCUCUUUACGUUGCAGGGAAAGCUGCAACGUCCGGCGUCCCCAGCGUUUACGCUCCCAGUGUGUACACAUCCAGCAACCAUCUGAAGGCAGGGCCUCCAGGCACUGUGAUUCCCAUGGGCCCCGUAGGCCCUGUGUACAACGGCUAUGGAGUGGAUUACGACAGGGCCAGCUCAGUGGGUGGAAACAGCUCUCAAGUGCCCCUCCUGCGAGAUACGGAUAGUGUUGCAAAUUCCGCCGUGCGCAGUGGCUACCGCAUCCAAGCCAACCAGCAAGAUGACUCCAUGCGGGUGCUGUACUAUAUGGAGAAGGAGCUGGCGAACUUUGACCCCACCCGGCCAGGCCAGCCUAAUGGGAGGCUUGAGAAAGCCUCUGUGAUGAGUGAGCUGAGUUCUCUGCACGAGGACGAACGGCGCUACGACCUGCGGCAAGGGCUGGGACGGCUGAGAAGCCAGGCCAUGUCCCCCAUCAGCGACCUGGAGGAGGAAAGCCUGCGGGGCAGCGAGAACCGGCGGCUGCUGCCCCCCGCCCGCCGCGACCACUACGAGGACUCCCCGCCACAGAACUCCCCCCGCCGCCCCCGUGCGCACUCCAUGGAUGACCUAGAGCUUGAACGGGAUCCCUAUCCUGCCCGUCCCAGGCCCCGAGGGCGCCGUGGCUCAGACGAAUGGCGCCCACGCGACUACUCCCCGGACUCCCGCAAUGACUAUGAGCACUACGGCGGACGGCGCAGCCGGAGCAAAGAUGAUCUGCGGGACUUGGAGCCGUCCCGCUAUGAUGACCGGCUGCUGGAGGAGGCGCUGCGUCGGAAGCAACGGGCCGGCAGCCGCGAGCACCUGGAUCAGAGGAGCCCUUCGAGCAGCAGGUCCGGUCACAGGAAGAACCGGGACGGCGACAGCAAUGGCUUCCCUCCGCCGCCUCCACCUCCGUACACUGAGACAGAAUCCGUUUCUUCCCGUGGCAAGAACGACCGCAAACUCCGAAGGAACCAUGCGGUCAGCAGAGAGAGCCUGGUGGUUUAAACUCCUCGCGGUUCCGUGACCCCGGGAAUCCACAGUGGGCCGCGCGCCGUUUCUAGUGAUGGUCUCCAUUGGCAUCCGUUUCAUGCCGGAGGACUCCGAGACAGGAGCAGAUAGUACUCCUCUGUUUCCAGCUUCUGACGGGAUGGGUGGACCACCCCAACGCUCAAGGGACUGACCUCUCUGUGCCUUAUUUUAGCUUCCCCCCGCUCUCGUGCUGAUAUUCUCAAGGAGUCUGGAGGUGUAGCUUGCACUGCACGAGAAUUUUUAAAUCCCCCUUUUAAAUUUCAGACCUAGAUUUUAUUAUUAUUUCUAAUAUCAGGUUUGGCAAAAGGGCGCUUGUACUUGCAGGUAAUACCCCCGGUGCAGUCAGACCACGAAACAUGAGAUGGAAAUCGUUUCUAUCCCUCUCUCUCUCGUCUUUUCUAAGGUUGUUCCAAGGAAGACCUGUUCAGCUGUGGUACCUCCCACAGCCCAAGUUGUAAAACGGCUUCCGCAUGUUUUAUACUGAAGACGUGUGGGGUUUUUUUUGUUGAGUGUUUUUAAAAAAACAACUCCUUGUCCUUUCACCCUUAGAAUUCGCUGCUGGUACUGUAAAUACCCCAAAGUGAUUAGCAGCCAAGUAGUUUGGUUCCCCC